AAGCUUCUGGAGCUCCAAAAAAUUAUUGCAGCCUUUCGUGAUGUUCCCCGGGCACGGACCACUGAUAUGGCUUAUGUAAUUGAGGAGGGGUACUUUCCUAUCCCUGUCAGCCUCCCCACCUAAACCCAAACACAGAUUCAGCAUCAAAUAUGCGUGUUUGCAGCUUCGGUGGUUACGGCGCUGUGCGUAAUAACUAUGAUACAGCUACAAUGCUACUACGGAAGGAAGCAUGCGCGCUUCUGAGCGAGGACCCCGGUCUUCCAGUAUCUUUAAGUACUCCGACCAUGUCUUGCUUAACCAAGCUUGUGUUGGCUUGCGACUACCGUAUGCAUCUAGCACGCCAAUCAAUACCGCCCGGAGCUGCAGGCUGACAUAGUGUUUCUCUCGAACGCGGACGUCUGCCUAUUAGCCAUAUCAUCCUCUUCAACUCUUCUUGCUUUUUGUAGAUUUUACAUCACGCUCCAAUCCCACAACCUGACCAGUGAUGUCGGCCUUUCAGUAUGCCGAAGAGCUCAGAGGCUCUGAAAUCCGUCUUCUUCAACUUCAUCCCGGCGACUGGCUGGAAGGUCUGGAGGCAACGAUGUACGUGGCUGACAGAUCCGGGCAAUACACUGCCCUAUCCUACGCCUGGGGCAGCACCAGGGCUUCUAAUCAGAUCAUCGUCAGUGGCAAGGUCCACUACAUCACUUUCAACCUUGAUAGAGCCCUGCGCGCGGUUCGGCGACGGGCAGAACCCGUCGUUCUCUGGGUCGACUCGAUCUGUAUCAAUCAGUAUAACGCCGUGGAGAAGAGCUGUCAGGUUGGAUCGAUGCACGAUAUCUUCGGCCGGGCUACGGACGUGAUCGCCUACUUGGGCGACGGCUUGGACCGCAGCCUGAAAGAUUACCCACGUCGUUUUAAAAGGCUUGGCCAGGAUUCUCCAGUUCAUUUUUCUGGAACACGCAAAGACGAAGCCUUAGCUUAUCAAUACCUGGCCGAUAUUUGGAAGAAACUCCCCCCCGGAUCGAUGUCAGAGAACGACGAGAUUGUUUCUCUCUUCAGCUUCUUUGUAGCGUUCAGCUUUGAGAGCAUGAACGACAAUUUCCUCGACGAUCAUUUUACUUCGCUCACAACAAACCAUUCGAUCGAGGAUCAGCGAAUUCAGCUGAUAAUAGCCGAGAGGAUUCGCCUCUUCGCUACCAGUGACUGGUGGAACCGCAUGUGGGUUAUACAGGAAGCAUGCGUCGCCAAAAAUCUUACCAUUGCGUACGGACGUGUCACACUGCCAUUUACUUUCAUUGUCGACGCAACCGAGAACUUCCUGCAGCUAUCUUCGUUGCGGUCCAAGGAGUUGAACCAAGUCAUGUCCUACCUGGCGGAAAAAUUGUACGCCAUCGACACGAUGCGGUUCCCAGGCACCUUCAGGGACGCAGCACAUAUCACAACGACCAGUCCACUGCUGUGGCUGCUGAGAAAAUUCCGCAGCAGGAAGUCAUCCGAACCCAGAGACAAGGUCUUUGCUCUUCUCCAGCUUGCGCAAGACUUGAAGAAAGAGCGAGUUUUUCAACAUAGUGACGUCGGCAUCAAGGCCAACUACGAUACCUACACUAGCAGCAGCCUAUUCACGGAAGUGACCUAUGAAAUCAUUCUCCAGACCGGUCUCAUUUGGAUGGCAACGUUCGACCUACUUGCUAAAUCUCGCCGGGAUACUCCUUCCUGGGUGCCUGACUGGUCUUCAGACAACGUGGCACCAGGUUUUGAUCAGCGUCGCUUUCGUCUUCAUGGAGAGAUACCACUGCACUUCAACGCCAGUCGUGCCAUGUUCACAGAGUGUUCCGUCGAUCAAACUGCAUCCAGUGGUACAACGCUCGUGCCCCGACAGUAUAUCAAGCGUUUGGUAGCAACAGAGGACAGCCCACAUUGGAAGCCUGUUCACCUACUCCCCACUCUAGCAAGGUACAUCAAAAACUCACAAGAUCCAGAGGACCAGCACCCUCAGGCAUUGAUUCUGAAUGGCGUCAAAUGUGGCCUGGUAGAGACUGUCAGCGAAGUCAUCCUAAGCGAUCUUUCAAAUGUUGCCUCGGCCAUUGUGCAGAUUCGACCAAGCAAUGGGAUGCACAAAGUUUGGAAAAUAUACCGGCAAUCGUUUUUAGAUGUUAUUGCGACCUGUCUCUGUUAUUCUCUGCGAGUCUCCAAUGAAAACGGGGGUUGCUUACAUCCACUAGAGCCGGAACAGCGGCGGCGAGUCACAUCUUGGCUCCUGGAGAAGUACGAGCUUGGCUCCCUCAAGGAAGGAGGCUAUAAAGACAUGCCUAACGGCAAUACUGAAACUUUAGACUCAAAUCCUUUGACACAGACUUUGACUUUCGGGGGGGCGUCCGUCUGGGCUCCUGGAUCGCAAUCUUUGCUGGAUGAAACCGAAACGGCCCCGAAAGACCUCGAUUCACAGAAGCCCCUCGAAGUGGAGGAAAUCAGGUGGAUCGAAGAUACUGUGCGUACCAUGACGGCAGGUCACCGUUUGUUUAUUACCGAACUAGGUCAAGUCGGUGUUGGGCCGGAGAGCAUGUGUAUGGGGGACGAAGUUUACAUACUCGAAGGCGGUCUCAUGCCGUACAUCCUCCGGGGCUACACCGGUAGUCUAGAGUUUCUUCCCUAUCAAACCGGGAGGCUCGAUAACUUGGGCAACGUGAGACGGACGACGAUGGUAGGGAGCUGUUACGCUGAUGGUGCAAUGCGUUGGGGGCAUGAAGCAGAUCAGUGGGAAGAUGACCCGCGGGACAUUGAGCACUUGGACUCAAAGUUGCGAAGAAGAUUGUACAAUGGCAAGAUAUUAGAGGAGGGCCUUGCUAUCAUUUGAUAUACUUCAACUAUUUGAGCAACUAUCACUGAAUCAAAUAG